AGACUUGCCGUCUCCACAUUCCACAGAGGAAACCCAUUACGAUUUCUAUUUUGCUUCGGUCCUUAAAUUGAAAAAAACGAACAAUAGUUUUCGCAUAUUCGUGUUUCUCCUUCUCAUUUUGCGUGAAAUUCACGAUGAUCUCGACGAUGAUAGUCUCUGAAACAGUCACAGUAACCGCCGCGGUAGGUCUCCGCGUCCUUCCAAGCUGUCAAUCCAGCUGUAACUUUUCCAUCGCCGAUUCCGGUACCGAGCAGAUCUCGGCGAUGAUUAUGCCUUACGAUGCUGUGGCGCCGCCGCCGGUGAAGCCCGCUGCGUACAAGGUGCCUCGUCGUCGGACUCUUCUCCGGAGAAAACGGCGAACCAAACGCAGGUUGUCGGAUGAUGGCUCUGGUGACGCCGGUGAUGAGGGGUUCUUUUAUGGUGACGGUGGUGAUGGUCCUUUUGGCGGCGGCGGCGGUGGUUUCGGGGGCAGUGGCGGUGGCGGUGGUUGGAAUGAUAAUAGAUUUGGGGACGGUCAUAAUUGGGAUGAACCGUCGUUGCCUGAUCCUGCGUUCGAUUUCGUGUAUCAGGUGCUCUCGUGGAUUAUGCUCUCGAAUUGCUUGCAUUUUUCGUUCAAGAAGAUUGUUCGAAUUGUUGCGGAUUCUGCUAGGGAAAAGGUUCCCGCGAGAUUGGCUCCAAUUUGCUGAUUUGGUACCGUUGGAAUGCAUUCGUUGGUCAAAUCCUCAAAUCAAUGCUUGUUGAAAGGUGGUGAUUGGGCAUUGCUUCCCUGUUUGAUUAUGCAUUUACUGUGAAUAUUGUAUAUAAUUUAUCAUUUAAUAUCUAAUUCCAUGGAAAUUUCU